ACAUAUUUAUAUCAAUAUAUAAUUAUAGGACCCGUCAAUUUACACCUACAUCAUAAAAUGUUUAGGUCACUGUGUCAAGUUAAAUAUAGUUUAAUACUCAAUCUUUAAACAGAUCUUGAGAUCCCUUAGAUCGCAUUUGCACUCCUUCGAGUGUUUUGAAUGCAAGAACAUAAGGCAUGUUUGUGGAUCGAGUAGUUACACUGCCUACUGAAGUGUUUUCUUCACUGUAUAAACUGCGCGUUGCUCAUACAGCUGAAGUUUGACUUACUGCCCUCUGGAGUAAACAGGUGGUACUACAAGCUUGCAUUUCUCAAGAAUCUUCCUUAUUAUGGAAGAUAUACAGUCACCUAAAGGAUUAUUAGGAACACCUGUUCAAUUUCUCAUUAAUGCAAUUAUCUAAUCAACCAAUCACAUGGCAGUUGCUUCAAUGCAUUUAGGGGUGUGGUCCUGGUCAAGACAAUCUCCUGAACUCCAAACUGAAUGUCAGAAUGGGAAAGAAAGGUGAUUUAAGCAAUUUUGAGCGUGGCAUGAUUGUUGGUGCCAGACGGGCUGGUCUGAGUAUUUCACAAUCUGCUCAGUUACUGGGAUUUUCACGCACAACCAUUUCUAGGGUUUACAAAGAAUGGUGUGAAAAGGGAAAAACAUCCAGUAUGCGGCAGUCCUGUGGGCUGAAAAUGCCUUGUUGAUGCUACAGGUCAGAGGAGAAUGGGCCGACUGAUUCAAGCUGAUAGAAGAGCAACUUUGCCUGAAAUAACCACUCGUUACAACCGAGGUAUGCAGCAAAGCAUUUGUGAAGCCACAACACGCACAACCUUGAGGCGGAUGGGCUACAACAGCAGAAGACCCCACCGGGUACCACUCAUCUCCACUACAAAUAGGAAAAAGAGGCUAUAAUUUGCAAGAGCUCACCAAAAUUGGACAGUUGAAGACUGGAAAAAUGUUGCCUGGUCUGAUGAGUCUCGAUUUCUGUUGAGACAUUCAGAUGGUAGAGUCAGAAUUUGGCGUAAACAGAAUGAGAACAUGGAUCCAUCAUGCCUUGUUACCACUGUGCAGGCUGGUGGUGGUGGUGUAAUGGUGUGGGGGAUGUUUUCUUGGCACACUUUAGGCCCCUUAGUGCCAAUUGGGCAUCGUUUAAAUGCCACGGCCUACCUGAGCAUUGUUUCUGACCAUGUCCAUCCCUUUAUGGCCACCAUGUACCCAUCCUCUGAUGGCUACUUCCAGCAGGAUAAUGCACCAUGUCACAAAGCUCGAAUCAUUUCAAAUUGGUUUCUUGAACAUGACAAUGAGUUCACUGUACUAAAAUGGCCCCCACAGUCACCAGAUCUCAACCCAAUAGAGCAUCUUUGGGAUGUGGUGGAACGGGAGCUUCGUGCCCUGGAUGUGCAUCCCACAAAUCUCCAUCAACUGCAAGAUGCUAUCCUAUCAAUAUGGGCCAACAUUUCUAAAGAAUGCUUUCAGCACCUUGUUGAAUCAAUGCCACGUAGAAUUAAGGCAGUUCUGAAGGCCAAAGGGGGUCAAACACAGUAUUAGUAUGUGUUCCUAAUAAUCCUUUAGGUGAGUGUAUAUGGAAAAUAACGCAUUAUUUUUGGUAAAAUUAAUCGCACUGAAUUAACCCGUUAAAUCGACAGCCCUAAUAUAUAUAUAUAUAUAUAUAUGCCCACUAUCAUGUAUGUGUUUACAGACUAAUAAACAUCCCUAAACCUAUGUACAGUAUAUGUAAUUGUAGUAGCCAAACAUCUCUAAUAACCAAAGUGGUUUCAUAGAAUCACGUUACUAUACCUACAUUUACAAGCUUGUUUGAGUGCGAACAAUUGUGCGGUAACAACUAGUAGCAUUAGCUAAUUAGCAUUAAUUAGCAUUGCACUUAAGAUUUAAAGGACCGGUGUACAAGCCCUGAACAGCUUGCAAGUCAUUGAGUCAGAAGUGUCACAGACGCACCAUAAAAUGAUGUGGUGGCUUCAGCAAUUGUAUUUUUCAUCUCUCAUUUGCUUUUUAUGACACCAUCGGUUGGGUAUAGGAUAAGAGUAGGGAGGUUUGUUAGUGCUUUAACAUUAAAGGUGCACUCAGUAAUAUUUUCCCCAUUAAAAAAAUACAAAGUUUUACUCCUAAAGAAAUAAAUAGUAAUUUUGAAACAUAUGUAUAAAAUCAUGAGCACUCACAUGAGGUCUCUAUUAUCAGUAACCUUACAAAAGCUGUUUUAUUCUACAUGGUCAUGUUAUUAUCACAUGACCAGCUGAAUACUACUCGCUUAAUCUCUGUAACCGUCUUGUUAUUGGACACUUUCACUCUUGGAUAAAUAUUCAUCAUGGCUGAUUGUGAAUAGUGCAUUUCUACAAUGACAGGUGUAACUGAAAACUAUUGAUUUUGAAUGAUGCUGCAUCCACACCACUAGGUGUCAUUGUAAGACCAAGAUGACAUAAAUAAAAGUUACUGAGUGCACCUUUAAGCUCAUCUGUUUGGAAGAACAUUUAACUCGCUUUUAGUGCCACAUAGUGGACAUUUCAUCUCAGAACUACUGCAAUACAUGUAAUAAGCCAUGCAAUGUAAUGUCAUUUUGAAAAAAUAUUUGCCAGAGUCACGUAAUGUCCAUGAGAUCAGUCUGCUAAUAACUAUUAAAGCAUCAGCUGAUUUCAAGAAUGAUUUUUGAACAUUUUGUACAACUGUUUAAUGAGGCAAAACACCAACCACGUUAAACAUUGACAUCGGUUAAGAGUUGUGAGUCUGGCCAUGCAUUUGCAUGUAUCUGGAUGAUCAGUAACUGCUUCAGCUGUGCUUCCUGACUUAAAGGGAUAGUUCACCUAAAAAUGUAAUUCAUUCCAAACCUGUAUGACUUACUUUCUUCCAUGGAAACAAAAUGAGAUGUUGGUUAGAAUGUUAGCCUAUGUUAAGCUAAGAGUGUUAAGAAAGUAGUGGUGUUGGAACAACAGAAUUUUCAUUUUUGGCUGAACUAUUCCUUUAGUAGAAUCCCUGCAACAAAUGGAACCUUCUAAGCAAACAACAACAAAGCCAAAUGCUCCUCCACCCAGAGCCACACAAAACCAGACUCAAACACUUGCAUGGGAGAUUCAGUUUCAUAGCAACCAAUCCCAGCGUUCCCUCCCUUCCUUGAGUAUUGGGAGGAGGCUGGGAACAGGUGAAACACCAAUCAGCUCCAUUUCCAGAGGGAUGCAAAACCAUCCAGGGCAACACUUGCACUCCAAACCUCUCUUCACAUCUCUCGCUCUUAGACCUCUGGAGUUCAGCAGUCAUGGCCAACGGUGCCCUUGAGAUCGUGGGAAUGUGUGUGACCCUGAUUGGGCUCAUUGGGGCAGCAGCCAGCACUGGAAUGCCAAUGUGGCGGGUGACGGCUUUUAUUGGCGAGAACAUCAUUGUGAUGGAGACUCGAUACGAGGGAUUGUGGAUGAACUGCUACCGGCAAGCGAGUAUUCGAAUGCAGUGUAAAGUGUACGAUUCUUUGCUGGCGCUUUCUCCUGAUCUCCAGGCUGCUAGGGGACUCAUGUGCUGCUCCGUGGCGUUGACCGGUCUGGGUUUACUGAUCGCGAUUGUAGGGAUGAGAUGCACGGCGUGCAUCCAGGACAACGACCGAGCCAAGCGCAUGAUUCUAAUCAUAUGCGGUAGCAUGAUUCUCAUGGGUUGCCUUUGCUGCAUCAUUCCCGUCUCAUGGACCGGUCACGCUAUCAUUCAAGAUUUCUACAACCCGCUACUCAUCGACGCCCAGCGUAGGGAACUAGGUGAGGCACUCUACAUCGGUUGGGUGUCGUCUGUGUUCCUGUUCGCCGGUGGGUGCAUAUUUAUCUGCUGUAACGGCCCCCAAGACAAGGGCCCUGAUCCAAAAAGAUACAUGUACGCAAGGAACGCCCCCUAUGUGGCUUAUCAGCCUCAACCUGUGGCCUAUGUCCACCAACCGCAGUCGGUUUACAGCCAUCCAUCUGGUCCGCCGUCAUUCAUUCAGCCAUCUUACCAACCGUCCAGACAACAGUCGUUCAUCCAACCCUCGAGACAACAGUCCUUCAUACAACCAUCCAGAUAUCCGUCCGCCCACAGAGGCGUCGCCUAUCUCUGAAAUACAGCAGGACAUUUUAAAGGCGUGUAUUUUCGUUUGUGUAAUAUAUGUGAAUGUGUGCGUGCGCAUUAGAGAGGAAGUGAAAGACUUUAUGAACUUGAUGUAAACAAAGGAUUUUAUAAAGAAAUUUGAAUCUAGAAUAUUUUAUUUUUCAAAGGUAACAACAUUAGUUGUACAUUUUCACAAAUGUUUUUGGACAUGUUUGUUGGAAAUGUUUUUAGCAAAACAAUUUGAAUAAUGUAAGCAAUUUUGGCUUUUUUGUUUUAAAAAAACUGAGAACUGACUGAUGAAAAUUGUUUUAAUUAAUUGUGGUGUUGUUGUUUUAUAUGAUUAAUAGUGAAGUACUGAUCAAAUACCUCAUGUCAUUGUUACUUGGGGUAUUUUGCAUUAUUAUUUUGCAUAGAAGAGUUUAAUAUUUGAUAAUUAUUUUUGGAAACAUCAAAAUCCCAAAGUAGUGACAUGAAUCUGUAAAUACUCUCAAGUUAAGAUAUUUAGUUUGUAAAUAGUAAUUUGUGCAUUAUGAACUAACAUUAAGAACGAACAUUUGUAUUGUUCAUAAAAUUAAUAUUGACCAAUGAAUGCUUAAAACAUUGUUCAUUGUUAAUUCAUGACACCUACUGUAAUGCAUUAACUAAUGUUAACAAAUAGAACCUUAUUGUAAAGUGUUUAGCUUAUUGUAAAGUGUUAAACUAUUCAAAUGCUUGGAGAAUCAAAUGGAAAAAUAGUUUGAACUGUUCUGGUCUCUACUGUGUAUUUGUUCAAGGAAUAAUUCUUAGAUGAAAUCUAUAUGAUUCAUUGGAGAGUUUUUCUCAUUAAGUCACAGGGUUAUAGGCAGGGGCUUGUGUGCUGAAUUGCCAAUCCUUUAUUUGCUGAAUUUGGUGGUUUAGUUCAGUUAAGUGCAUUGGGGAUCUUUAUGCCCUAUGGCUUCAGAUAAACAGAAAACUGCAGUGAAAUGUAAGACAGCUAUUGUCUUGAGUGUAGACACACCCAGAGACACACUAGAGCUUGUUAUGUUAGCAAUAGUGCUACGACAGAACAAGGAAACUGAGCUGUAAAUGGUGGAGAAUUGGACACAAAAAUAAACCACGCACACAAAACUAGACAAGCAGCUUUGUUAAAGCGGGAACUGCAUCUUUUUGUAACUUUUGAGAUCUGUGUUACUGUGGACUUUGGUAAAAGCUAAACAGAAUGGAUAUUUUUUCUGUAUCCGAUGAGCUACAAUGCUAUGAUGAACAUGUAAAAAGAUCAGUAAAAGAGCAUUAAUUGAAAAUAAACAUUUGCAAUGA